AUGGUGAAAUUGAGGACAAUUCCUGGGCUUGUUAAGCUUACAGGCAUAGUAAUCUGCCUGUUUGGAGCAGCCACCAUUGCCUUGUAUAGAGGCCCCUACUUGAAACUCUUGUUGCAUCAUCACCUCCUUGGACACUACAGCCAACAGCCUGUCUAUGUUCCUUCUAGCAAGGCAUGGGCAAAGGGUGUCUUCCUGAUGCUCCUUUCCAAUACCUUUUGGGGUUUGUGGCUUGUAUUACAGGGUCGAGUUCUAAAAAGCUACCCUUCGAAGCUUCUCUCCACAACUCUGCAGUGCUUUUUAAGUACCAUUCAGUCAUUUGUUAUCGCCAUUUCUUUAGAAAGAGACCCCUAUCAAUGGAAGCUUGGAUGGAAUGUCAGACUCUUCUCCGUAGCCUACUGUGGAGUGGUGGUAACUGGUGUUACAUUCUACUUACAAGCAUGGGUGGUUGAGAAGAAGGGGCCGGUGUUCCUCGCCAUGUCAACACCCUUGACCUUGAUCUUCACAAUCGUCUCAUCUGCAUUACUCUUAGGAGAAAUAAUCAGUUUAGGAAGUGUUUUUGGAGGAAUUUUGUUAGUGGGAGGGCUUUACUGUGUAUUGUGGGGAAAGAGUAAAGAACAGCAAAUGGAUGAAGGGAUUUGUUCAAGAAUUGAUGCUGAGAAAGAAUGUCCAAUCUCCAACAAAUUAGUAUCAACCCAACGUUCAUCACCAUUCCAUGUGUGAUGUAAUUCUUGUGUUUAAGUGAUAUCCUCAUGACCCUAAAUAGUAAUAAUCAUUCCAAACAGAUGGGUAUUGUAUACUUUUAUCAAAGAAAAGACCAUUGCUAAUAGCGCUGUUAAACAAUAUGAGCAAUGUGAGCUUGGUUCGGGCUUAGCUUGAUUUUGACUGGCUUAGAUAUUGCAAAUAAAUGAGAUCUGAC